CAAAGUUCGCAGCGAAACAACAAACAAAGCAGACGGCAAUGUACUAGCUAACUUAGUUUAGUAGUUUGUAAGUAUCAAUUAUUACUACCUCAACUAAUUUUGACGAAAUGACAUCUGCGUUAUCUAAACAAACGUUGUUGUUCACGACAUUUAGUCUAGCUUUGACCCGGUUUUCAUACUGCUCAAUUGCAAAUGCUAACGUUAAUUCAAGCAUACCUGCGAUUGCAAAUUAUUUCGGAACGAAAGGCAGAUAUGAGGAAAUAAACCCUUAUCUCAUUAAUGACAUCCUCUCGGUAAACAAAUCCCUUCUAAAACCGGGAUGUACCGAUUGCACUGCUAUUCAUGUGACCGCCAUAAUUCGGCAUGGAACACGAUAUCCAACGACCAAAAAUAUCAAAAGGAUGCAACGGCUUUACGACCUUGUUCUAAACGACGCAAUGAACACCGAUAAAUGGCUGACUGAAAUAAAAACCAAGUGGGAAAUGUGGUACACUGAAGACAUGGAUGGGAAGCUUGUGGAAAAGGGGAGAGAUGACCAUCGACAUCUGGCUGUCAGGUUGGCAACAUUCUUUCCAUCUUUGAUGUCAGAGGAAAACCUCAGGAGCCAUCGUAUCCGUUUCAUCACUAGCUCCAAACACAGAUGCGUGGACAGCAUUGUCGCUUUCCAAGAAGGCCUACUCAACCUUUGGAAAGUAACAGAAGUUGGACCCAGCCACGAAAUCAAUGAUGAGUUGAUGAGAUUCUUUGACCAGUGCAAAAAAUUUGUUGACGAUGUGGAGAACAACAAAACUGCCCUCGAAGAGGUCCACCGCUUCAAGGCCUCAGCAGAGAUGAAAAUAGUGCAGAUGAAGAUGGCUGACCAACUGCAAGUUCCAUACAAUCACAUCACACCAGAUCUGGUGGAGGCUGCAUUCUUCCUGUGCUCAUACGAGUUUGCCAUCAAAUCUUUGAACUCCCCCUGGUGCAACCUGUUUGAUGAGACUGACGCCCAAGUGCUGGAGUACAAAAAUGACCUGAAACAGUACUGGAAGAGGGGCUAUGGUCAUGACAUCAACCGCAAGUCCAGUUGCACGCUUUUUCAUGACCUGUUCAAUCGCCUUGAUAAGGCUGCUCAUGAGAUCAGGUUUGGGCAUGUAUCUGAGGCUGUGACCAUUCAGGUGGGCCAUGCCGAGACCCUCCUGCCCCUGUUGGCCCUCAUGGGCUUUUUCAAAGACGAGACGCCCCUGACCGCUGACAACUUUGACCUGCAACAUGGCCGCACCUUCCGCACCAGCCGCAUCGUGCCUUACGCAGCCAACUUGGUCUUUGUGCUGUAUGACUGCAGUGAAGGCCUCCGGCUGCAGUUCCUACUCAACGAGACACCUCUGAAAUUCCCCGGUAUAAACCACCAGGCUCCACUGUACAAUACGGUCAGAGAGACCUACAGAGAGUUGCUGCACGGCUGCAAUUUCGAGAAGGAGUGCGAGCCGUCCAGACCCAACAGAAACUGUGAGCUGUGAGCUUGGGGCAUGUGAAGGUGGAGGGCUCUUUCUAUACAAGGGUUUGAAGACUCAAACGUCUGUGUCAUGCAAGAGAGGGGGUUUUAAAGGUUUUGUCUGAACCAGUUCCUUUUUCUUUAUGGUAUCUUUUUAGAAGUAACAGGUUUUACAGAUAGCUUUUACUGGGCCCCCUUUUUUGUCAGGUGUCACUUUAGCACAAGUUAUCAUGAUGCUUACUUUGUUUUCUAGGGUCAUCCAGGGUCUUAAUUGAAUUCACUCUUUUUAGAGGAGGGAGAGCUUUAUAUUUAUGCUAUUUCACGGUUUCAUUGAUUUAUAUUAUAUUGCAGAUUUUCCAGGUGCCUUUUUUGUGUUUUCAUACAGUAUGCAUUUUCCAAAAGCAGAAAGAAACAAUGAGUAGAAUAUAAUGUCUGCCACUGGAUAGAUGCAGUGGGUUGGGUUUCCUUGCUGAAAAACUCUUUGCAAUUGUUUGUGUUUGUUACAUUUUUUUGCUCUGUAAUGAGUCAUUUUGUGUGUUCUGAUUUUAUAUUUGCACUCAUUUAUCAGAGACAUUUACUCCAAAGUUUGCCUUUUUUUAAAUAUGGACUCGAACAUUAUUGGACUGCAUUGUGAACAAAAUAUACAUUUUGAACAAUAAGCUUUUCAUUUGGGGUUACCUUAGCUGAGUUACUUUAUUUAAUUAUUUUCUACAUUGUCAUUUGAUUUGUUUGUGAAAUAUUUCAGAUUAAAGUAAAUACCUUGAGAUUUUGA